AUGCCCAACUAUGUAAAGUUCAUGAAAGACAUCCUUACAAAGAAGAGAAGAUUGGGGGAAUUUGAGACAGUGGCUCUUACUAAGGAGUGUAGCUCAUUCUUGCAAAACAAGCUGCCACCGAAGAUGAAAGAUCCUGGGAGUUUCAUCAUUCCAUGCACCAUUGGUAACUCUUAUUGUGGCAUGGCUUUAUGCGAUUUAGGUGCAAGCAUUAACUUGAUGCCGAUGUCUAUUUUCAAGCAAUUGGGGAUUGGAGAAGUUAGGCCUACUACAGUUACUCUUCAGUUAGCAGAUAGAUCCCUUGCUCAUCCGGAUGGGAAGAUUGAAGAUGUAUUGGUAAGGGUAGACAAGUUCAUAUUCCCUGCUGAUUUUAUUGUGUUAGACUAUGAGGCAGAUAGAGAGGUGCCCAUUAUCUUGGGGAGGCCGUUUCUUGCGACAGGAAGAACUUUAAUAGAUGUGCAAAAGGGGGAGCUGACUAUGAGGGUCCAAGAUGAAAAGGUGACUUUCAAUGUUUUUAAAGAUAUGAGAUUUCCUGAUGAGGUGGAAGAAUGCUCAGUGGUUUCGGUGGUAGAUUCUUUGGCAUCAAGGGAAUUUGAGACGAGUAAUGUUGGUGAUCCAUUAGAGAGGGAGUUCAAGGCUCCUAAACCAUCCAUUGAAGAUCCACCUGAGUUGGAGCUGAAAGUUUUGCCAUCACAUUUGCGAUAUGCCUACUUGGGUCCAUCAUCCACUUUACCUGUUAUUAUUUCAGCGGAGUUGAACCAUGAUCAAGAAGAAAAGUUGCUUGAAGUAUUGAGAAAGUUCAAAAAGGCCAUUGGGUGGACUAUUGCAGAUAUUCGAGGUAUUAGUCCUUCUUUGUGUAUGCAUAAGAUCUUGCUUGAAGACAGUGAAAAAAGUUUGGUUGAGGGGCAAAGAAGACUAAAUCCUAUCAUGAAGGAAGUAGUGAAGAAAGAAAUCAUCAAGUGGCUGGAUGCUGGCAUUAUUUAUCCUAUCUCUGACAGUUCAUGGGUGAGUCCUGUGCAGUGUGUACCUAAGAAGGGUGGGAUCGCAGUGGUGAAGAAUGAAGACAAUGAUUUGAUUCCAACUAGAACAGUGACUGGAUGGAGAAUUUGCAUGGACUACAGGAAGUUAAACAAGGCCACUAGGAAGGAUCAUUUCCCUCUUCCUUUCAUUGAUCAGAUGCCAGAUAGACUUGCUGGGAGAGAGUACUAUUGCUUCCUUGAUGGGUACUCUGGUUACAAUCAGAUAGCAGUGGCCCCAGAAGAUCAGCACAAGACUACAUUCACUUGCCCCUAUGGUACCUUUGCUUUUAUAAGAAUGCCCUUUGGUUUCUGCAAUACUCCUGCGACAUUUCAGCGAUGUAUGAUGGCGAUCUUUACUGAUAUGGUUGAGCAAUUCCUAGAGGUGUUCAUGGAUGAUUUUUCAGUCUUCGGUGAUUCUUAUAAUGAUUGUUUGAGUAACUUGUCUAAGGUGUUGAAGAGAUGUGAAGAGACAAACCUAGUCCUUAACUGGGAAAAGUGUCACUUCAUGGUUAAGGAAGGUAUUGUUUUGGGGCAUAAGGUAUCUAAGCAAGGGAUUGAAGUUGAUAAGGCAAAAAUUGAAGUUAUUGAGAAGCUACCACCUCCUAAUUCAGUGAAGAACAUUAGGAGUUUCCUUAGGCAUGCCGGUUUCUACAGAAGGUUCAUCAAAGACUUCUCUAAGAUCUCCAAACCACUUUGCAAUCUCUUAGAGAAGGAUACACCUUUCCACUUUGAUGGAGCAUGUUUGAAGGCUUUUCAAGAGUUGAAAAAGAGAUUAAUUUCAGCCCCUAUCAUUAUUGCACUGGAUUGGAGAGCUCAAUUGAAUUACACUGUAACUGAGAAGGAGCUACUAGCCAUUGUCUUUGCUUUCGACAAGUUUCACUCCUAUCUUGUGGGAACUAAAGUGAUUGUCUACACUGAUCAUUCAGCCAUAAAGUAUUUGAUUUCCAAGAAGGAUGCAAAGCCAAGAUUGAUUCGGUGGGUGCUUUUGCUUCAAGAGUUUGAUGUUGAGAUUCAAGAUAGAAAAGGGGUAGAAAACCAAGUAGCUGACCAUUUAUCAAGAAUGGAGCAGGAAGAAGAUUCUAACUCUCUUGUCCCCAUCAAAGAAACAUUUCCAGAUGAACAAGUGUUUGGGGUUAACCAUUCUCAUGAGCUCCCUUGGUUUGCUGAUUUUGCUAACUAUCUGGCUGGUGGGUUGAUGCCACCAGAGAUGACUAGCCAACAAAGGAAGAAAUUCUUGCAUGAUGUGAAGUCUUAUUUUUGGGAGGAGCCCUUUCUAUAUAAGCAAUGUGCAGAUUAG